AGCUAGCAUACAGACAGACAGACAGACAGAACACAGCCACGGCAGACUAACUGGUAUAAGGUGAAGAGUGAGGCCAGAGGGUUCAUGCAUGUUGAUAAAGGUGCAGGGGAAGCAGCCAAACAAGUCAGGAAGAAGUGUUGUUUUGUUUUUUAUAGGCUGACAGAAUGUCAGGUAACAACACACGUCAGUGUCAGCGAUAGGUUUGUAGCUGAGGAAGAAGAGAAGAAGAACAGUGGCUUGUGUCCUCUGCUGCCCCCUUUUUUGAGAGAGACAUGCAUACUCGCACAGGCUAAAGCAACUACCGAGGCGUUCAACCAACUCGGCUCUGCAAGGGCCACCGUAUUUGAAUGACAAGAGUGUGACGACUCAUAUAUUGUGACUGCAUAAAUCAGAAAGGUGAUAUCGUCAUGGCAUACAGAAAAGUGUGCGACACCCAAGGGGGCGCAAUGGUCGGUCAGGUUCUACACUGCUCUGGAGGUCUGGAUCUGGACUGGGAUCUGGACAAGGAGGAGUUGCAGGAGCCAGGACCAAGCAUGGACCGCAUGCAGAUGCAGCACAUAGACUGCCAGAGAUCAGCAUGUUCAGACCCCGGCCCUGAUCCUGACCCUGAGCUGAUGGAACCCAUCCAGCCGUCGGUUUCAGUUUCACCACACGGUCGGUUUGAGCGACUCCAAGAGGAUCCCAACUACAUCUCCCACUUCACCAGGGCUCCAGCCCAUAAAGGCCAACGACGACUCCACUGCUUCCUUCUUAGGUACUUCCUGGCGGCAGCAGGUCUUUUUGUCCUGGGUCUCCUGAUUGGCUGGUUCACUCACACGCCCGCCGUCAAACCACCUGUGCUCCUGUCCGACAGUUCAGACCUGCUGGAGGAGCUGCUCAGAGGAAUCACGGCUGACAAGAUACACACACUUCAGAGGUCUUUCUCCAGUCUACCAGAUGACAGUGAGGAAGCCAGAGCCCGGUACCUGUACAGGCAGUGGGUGGGACUCGGUUUGACUGACGUCCGUUUGUCCAAUCACACGGUUCUCCUCAGUCUCCCUGGCUCCACACCCAACACCAUCACUGACCGGUCCAGUCGCCAGUGUUUUCUGCCAAACGGGAUCCUCUGUGACCAACGAGGCCUGAACGACCUUCCGCAGCAGCAGUUCUCCUACGCUGCGUACUCCACCGCCGGAACUCUGCAGGGGGAGCUGGUGGAUGUGCAGUACGGCAGCGUCGAUGACCUGAGGAGAGCCAAAGACAGCCUGAACCUCACCAACCGCAUCGCCGUGGUCAAGCUUGGCCAAGCACCUCUGCUGUACAAGCUGUCCCUGCUCUCUGAACUGGGCUUUGGUGGAGUUCUGCUCUACGUCGACCCGUGUGAUGCUCCGCCCAGCCGCCAAGUCUGGAAUCAAGCUUUCAGAGUGACGCUCAACCCUGGAGGAGAUCCCGCCACUGCUGGAAGUCUGACUUCCCUCUUGGUUCAACCAAUUUCUGCUUUUCUGGCCAAGAAAUUGCUGUCCUCUCCAUCAGCACAGCAGCAACAGGGAGACUCCUGCGUUCCACUGGCAAUGCCUCCCAACACAGAGCGUAAAGAGAUCACAAUGACUAUUGGAAACCAGCUGUCCUACAAGAAAAUCUACAAUGUGGUGGGAUACCUGAAGGGAAAGACGAACCCAGAUCGCCAUGUGCUGGUUGGCAGUAGUCAUGACAGUAACCAGCGAGGCGGGGCUUCAGCCAUCGUGAAUCAGCUCAUCGCCGCACUGACGGAGCAGACCAAACGAGGAUGGGUGCCGGACCGUACCACUGUGUUUUGCUCGUGGGGGGGCUCAGCCCUGGGGAACAUCGGGUCCUAUGAGUGGGGAAAGGAUAACAGUGUUGUCCUACAGAGCAGUGCCGUGGCCUACGUCAGUCUGAACUCUCCAGUCAGGGGGACGGAGACUCUCAGAGCGACAGCGUCUCCGACUCUGCUGCAGCUCACCUCGGACAUACAGCGGAGACAACUGCUGAGUUGCAUUCGUGGUGGGAACUGCCCGGGACCCAACGUCAGCUCGCUGCAGUUGCCCGGAGAUGUGAGUUUCUUUGCCAACCAACUGGCUGUUCCCACCAUGGAGUUCGCCUUCGAGCAGACCACUGCACAGGAGACCACAGGUUUCCUGUCAGAGGCCCAGUUUUCUGUGGAGUCGCCUGAAACGCUGGACCCGCUUUUCAAAUUCCAUGAAACAAUCACUAAGAUGACAGCAGAAGCAAUUCUCCGCCUGGUCAAUGACCCUGUGCUGCCGUUCUACCCUCUGGAUAUCGCCCUGGACGUACAAAACAAACUCAAAGACAAAAGUAUUCUCCCCGCGUCGCUGCUUUCCUCCGCCGCCUCUUUGAGAGACCAGGCCGCUUUCUUCCAGUCAGAAACCAUGCGUCCAGCCAAUGACCCGAAAGAGCGCGACCCCUCGCAUGUACGGAUGCUCAACGACGUGCUCCGUGACCUGGAGAAGAGCUUCCUCAUCUCCCAGACACCUGCGGGAGUGUACAGAGCAGACAACUGCAGUCGCCUCGUUCACAGCACAUCUUCCAAAGUCGUCAACAAAUUACAGCACAUCCAGAACUUUGCUGCACGCCUCCUCAGCCACACUCGUUCCCAUGAGCACAUCACCAUCCCCCGUCCUCCAAAACCUCCACUGCCUUCCAGUCCAACAACACAUCCAGUUUUAAAAUUCUUCUCUUGAACUGACCUGGCUCCAUCAUCACACCCCCUCACGAAGCAUCCGUUCAUCUGACGCCAACCAUCUCUCCAUACCACAGAGGACCAAGCAGCGGACCUGGGGCCUCCAUCGCCACCCCCACCCUCAGGAACUCUCUCUCCUCAAACACAUCUUUGACUGCACUGACCUCCCCACAUUCAAAACUUGCAUCUGUUUAAAAUUCAAUUUGUAAAACGUGGCAUGUUUAUGACUUUUAAACACAUCCAAAGCCUCUUUGAGUGCCCUUUAAAAGCGCUACAUGAAUAACAUGAAUUAUUUCUAUUAUCAUUAUCAUUAUUAUUAUUAUGUUAAAAACAAUUGAUAAAAAAAAACAGGAUGGUGUUACCAAAAUUAUUUCCCCUCCAUUACAAAGUAUUACUAUUAUUAUGUAAAUGAUCUAAUUGUUAGUGUUAUGUUUGAAUACUAUAUUCGUGUUUUUAUACAGAUUUUUACUUAUGUUACUUUUGCUUAGUCAUUUUUUUUUACAUUUGUUUUUCUUUUUUCUUUUUUUUUUUUACCCAUUUUUACUUUACUGCACAUGAACUCUGGAUUUGUGCAAUGGGGAUCCUGAGGUCAAGAUAUGACUAUGACAAGGUUUGUGGAAAUGAAUACAGUUAACGGCCUUAUUUAUAUGUGCCCAGCCAUGGCAAAACCAGCAACAAGUGGGCUCACCCCCUAGAUGCCAUGUGGAGUCUUUAGCCACAGCCACUGACGUCCCUUUUCAGCAGCUGUGGAGAGGUA